AUGUUAUCAUCUGAGCCAACAAUUCACUCUGGAAACCUUGAAACCACAGCCGAUCCUUACUUACCAAACUACACUAUGGUUCCUGAGCCACAACAACCUGACAGUUUAAUAAACCCAGUAAGCCAAAUUCAGAGCGGUCAGCCCCCUUUCAUCAUUACCUCAGGAAUCAUCACUAAUGGUCAGCAGGGACAAGGAAAUAUACAAGUGGUAAACUCAGCUAUAGAAACAAGUAUGAAAGACUUCACAGAAGAGGCCAGGAUACUAGGGGCCAUCCAGAUCAUAAUUGGAUUGAUGCACAUUGGCUUUGGAAUUGUUUUGGGUUUAACGAGCAUCAGUUAUGGAUUCGUUCGUGGUUUUGCCUCCUUCGCUUUUGUUGGCGGAUAUCCAUUCUGGGGCGGCAUCUCUUUCAUUGCUUCUGGCACUCUCUCUAUAAAGGUGUCCAAGGACUUUUCACCUUGCCUGAUAAAAGGCAGCCUGGGAAUGAAUAUUGUCAGUGCUAUCUUUGCGUUUAUUGGAGUGAUUCUGUUGCUGGUGGAUAUGAGCAUCAAUGGGCUACAAAGACAAGACACUUGGGCAGUGCUGUCUGGGAGAGGAAUUUCAGGCAUGCUGGCGAUCUUCUCCCUCUUGGAGCUCUGCAUAACUUGUAUCACAGCCCAUUUUGCCAACCAAGCCAACAUGAACAGGUCUGUCCUGAUUAUUCCAACUACGUGUGGAACCAACCCCUUGAUCCCAGCAUCUUCCUCAACUCCAAGAAACAUCGGCCAGCCAGCUUAUGAUCCUAAGUAUUAA